CUAUAAUAGUGGUGUGACCCUUAUCAAUCUUCCCCUACUCCGUCAUUGGUUCUCAGCGUUCUGAAGCGCGGAAGAUCAUCCAAUCGACAUUUAGCAUGACGUCAAAGAAAAGUAAAAUAUCACAAAUCAGCAUUUUCAAUAUGACUAAUCAUUUUCAGUGUUUUACUCUGGGUGUUUUUCUCUUUAUAUUCACUUGCAUAUUUUCCAUUGAUAAAUGGAAACUCUUUUACCAGAAUAAUGAACAGUACACCUGAAUUGGUGGUUUGGUAUUACUGGUAUUGAAGCACAUAUGUGCUUCUAUGGCGGCGAUCAACGCACACUGUUUCCGAAAGACUUUGUCAUAUAAAGGUCUGAGAAGAUUAUAUUUUUGGAGGUGCAUUUCUUCUCGUCAUCAUGAGUCUCAGCCUGUUGACAUUUCUCUGUCUCGGUCUUUGCCUCCCAGUGUGGAAUGCCCUGAGGGUCACCCAGCCGUACCGUGUGGUGAGUCAUCGUGGUGAGGUGGAGCUGUUCUGCUCCUACCACCACACAGGGAGACAUGAACCGGAGGAGCUACGGAUCACUCUGUACCAGGGGAUGUACGGGGAGCAGGAAGAACAGAAGGUGUGCAUCUCCUCCUUCACCCACAACAGCACAGCCUUCCAGGUGGAGGGAGAGGGAGAGAGGAAGGUGCGUUGUCGGGGCCAGUUAAGGCCAGGCAAGGUGAACCUGACUAUCUCUGGUCUUAGGGGUAACGACACUGACCUGUACCGAUGUGCCAUAGAAGUCCUGUAUCCUCCGCCAUACCUGAGGACGUUUGGGAAUGGUACCCUACUCUAUAUAACAGAGGAGCCAGGGUGCUUUACCCCAGAGGCCCAGAGAAGAGAUGAUGUAACAGGAGAAACAUCCGUCAGACUACCCUUAGCAGGACUGGCCGCAGUAUUAAUAGUAAUCUCUGCCAUUGCUAUCCUCCUCGUUCAUCAGGUUCUACAGAGAAAGAGAAGAUUUGAAGCAAUAGUACCAAUGAUGUCACAGAAUGAUGGAAGAUUUGAUUGAACUUCCAAUGAAGAAUUUUGAAAAUACAUUCUAUAUGUUUCAUUGUGUUGUAAUAUAAAGAAAUAGUGAAAUCAAGUCUACGACUAGU